AUGAAGUGGAAAAGGGCUGCGCUCUCGGCGCUCGUUCUCAUAGUGCUGACGUCAGCAGCGCUUGCGGGCCCGCUUGACAACACGGAAUGGACGGCUGGGCGGGCAACGUUCUACGCAGGCGCUGGCGCAGGGGGCCAGUGUCGCUACUUUGGCUACUACGGAAACAAUGUCGUAGCCAUCGGGACUGACCAGUUCCAAGGAGGUCUGGUGUGCGGGGCAUGCUUCGAGGUCCAGUGCGAUAGCUCCCGCAGCAACGACUGCGUCCCUGGCGCAGGGCCCAUCACUGUGACACUGUCCGACGAGACGGACGUGUGCAGCUCGAACGACAACAACUGCGAAGGCACGGGCUACCAUUUCGACUUCGAUCCAGCGGGCUUCGCGCAAAUCGCCAACGUGCAGGCAGGCAUCGUCUUCAUCCAGUGGCGUCGCGUCCAGUGCCAGCGCCAGGGCAACAUCCAGCUGGUUAUUGAGUCGGACGCAAACCCGUACUGGUUGGGCGUCAUGAUCCGGAAUAUCGCCGGGGACGGCGAAGUGGUGUCCGCAGAGUACCGGUCCGGAUCGUCCGACUGGAACACGAUGAACAAGGUGGACUUCAGGGGCGCCGACUGGUUCAUUUACGGCCCGCCGUCGGGCGCGAUCACCGUCAGAAUCUCGACUGACCGGGGCCAGACCGCCGAGCUGACCGACUGCAUCCCCAGCGGCUGGUCUCCCGGACAGAGCUACGACUGCGGGACAAACAUCGGAUCAGGGGGAUCCCCCUCCAGCAACUACAAUUCUGCCCCUGCGGACAACCCAGCCCCGUCCGACACUUCGAGUCCCCAGCCUGCGGACACGCCGGCGCCGCAGGAGACUUCCGCUCCGGACACUCCGGCCCCUGCCAUGACGUCAGCCCCGGACACCCCCGCCCCGGUGAUUACGUCACCUCCGGACACCGCCCCUCCGGACACGCCAGCCCCGGUGACGACGUCACCUCCGGACACGCCGGCACCGUCCGAUACGUCUGCACCGACCUCGCCUCCGGACACGCCAGCACCGUCCGUUCCGAACAUGCCUGCCCCGACGGAGGCCGUGACGUCAGCUCCGGACACCCCCGCGCCGACGGACACGCUUCCACCGGACACGCCUCCGCCCACGGACGCCCCCACUCCAACGCCGACGGAAACGAACCCGCCGGACACCCCCCCGCCGUCCGAAACGCCCGUACCGCCGUCACCGGACACCCCAGCGCCUACGGACGCCAGCCCGCCAUCCGCAGAUGCAGACACGGUGGCGCCGAACGCGCCUACGGACGCGCCUACGGACGCGCCCACGGACGCGCCUGCGGACGCCAGCCCGUCGCCGUCUCCCUUGCAAUCUCCGUCGCCUUCUCCGUCCAACUCGCCCUCUCCGUCACAAUCUCCGUCACCGUCCCCCUCAUUCUCGCCCUCUCCGUCACAAUCUCCGUCACCGUCCCCCUCAUUCUCGCCCUCUCCGUCACCUUCCGCGUCACCUUCCCCGUCACUUUCGCCGUCGCCCUCCCCCUCAGCAUCACCCGUUACGCCCCUCCCGCCUCCAGAGUCCCAAUCUCAGCCCCCCCCUUCGGAGUCCCCCAUCUCCCCACCCCCCACUACCGUUUCCCCCCCACCACCAGCGGCUAUUUCUCCCCCUCCUCCGACGGACCAAU